AUUUAUCAAUCAAAGAAAAGAUGACUUCAGCUCUAGACUACGAUGUAGACUAGAUGUCUGAAAUGUUUAUAAAAUUAAGUGGUUAAAUAAUAUAUAGAUGGAAUUCUUGUGGUUAAAUUUGUAAAUUUUCAUAGAGAAGUCAUCCUUAAAUUGGUUAUUGUGAUUAUUUGAAACGUCUUCUACUUUAUAGUGAUUGUUCAAUUCAAUAUUAAGCAAUAGUGUUAAUUUAUCUUGAUAGAUUUACUAACAAAAAUGAACAUUUAUGGUUAGAUUAGGCUAGUUUAUAUAGUCUCACAUUAGUGUUACUAGUAAUUUCAAUAAAAUUUUGGAAUGAUCGUAAAUAUGGAAAUAAAUAUUUUGCUAAGAUAGGUGGAAUAUCAUUGAGAUUAAUGAAUGAAAUGGAAUAGGAAGUAUUAGAAUUAAUGAAUUAUGAUCUAUUUGUUUAGGAUGAUGUUAUUUUUAGAUACAUGAAAUAUUUUAGCUGA